GUGAGAAACAUGUGUAUGAAGAGGUGUGUGGUGAGGAGGAAGAUGUAAUUCCGGAACAACUUCCAACGAGUAUUUACCGGAGGAAUAAGAAGUAAAAAAAUAACAAUAGGAUAAACGUAACAUCCUCAAGAUGAUAGGGUGGAAUAAGUGAGAAAAGGGGAUAAAUUUGAAAGACAGGAAAAUUAUCCCCAUGCACAUGGCAUGAAGAAGCUUAUUCUGUAUAUUCCGCUAAAAAAUGUGGCAGAAAUAUAUGUUUUUCGUGCUCCUACUGCUUAAUUUGGUGUUGGGAGAGCCGGACCGGUUUGCCCUGAACCUCUUCGGCUCAGAUGAGAGCCGGUACGUGACUGAGACGGCCCGGUUCGACAACGUGACCUAUACAGUGUACAAGCCUCUGAAAGAGAAGCUCAUAACAUCAGUGCUAUUCGGUGAUGAAACCGUCUGGACAAGUUCGUGUGAGCAGGAAACUGCCCGGCUCGUACUACUUUCACUUAAGGUAGGAAUGCCAUUCCUGCUCUACGUGAAGUCGGAACUCGCAGGUCCAAAACACUAUUACUACUAUUUGGAAAGUUACAAAUGGUAUAAAACCUCUUUUGGACACUAUUGUGAUUUGCUUAACAAGUACAAGGCAGACGUUGAAACUCAGGAAUUUACACUUAAUUUAGAUUUAACUCAGAGUAGCGAGAAGGUAUUCUAUAGUAGCACAACGAAUUUCAAGAAAUUCGAUAGCUUCUUCGUUGAGAAUUCGCUGGUUGAUGAGUGGAAAACAGAGUUUGCGGCCACACAAGUUUAUCACAACGUGACACCUUUAUGGUUUGCCACGAAACCAGGUGAGAGAGCUGUUGCAGCCUGGGCCUACAAAUCUGGCAAGGAGCAUUAUCUGGCUCGCUUACUCGUUAGAAACGCUGAUUUCAAGUUCAGAUUCUUCAACUUCCUCAAAGUCGGGAAAACUUGGACCAGUCUAGAACAACAACCCUUCACAUUCCUCAAAUCUGACGACUCAGUUUUUCCUGAAGAUUUCUAUUACCCGGAAUAUCUCAACAAUAGUCCGUCACCGACUUAUUUCAUGGUUUCCUCGGUCAAUUUAUCUGAGAAAACUAGCUUAACCCAACCUUCCGACUUUGUUGAUGAUAGUUUUGAGUAUAGGCCAGAGUCUAAACCUGAGAGUUAUGAUUUCAGGCACUUUAAUGCCCCAAUACCUUUUACGAAGCUUGUUAGACUUGAUUUUUCAAAACGUGUGCCAAAUUCUGUUGCCAGCUAUGUAACGGGCCAGUUUGAUAAUAAAUUGUCCGUUCAGUCUUUUUACCCAACUUUUGGUAAGUUCUUUGGCGUUGUUAGGGACGGAAAUCACGUCAUAUUUGAGCGUAACGUGGACGUCGAGGCCUGUGUCGGAGUUCAUUUUUACAAUAAAGAUAAACAAAAGUACCUGGCUGACGUCUUAGUUUACAGCCCACAUAACUCGAGGUCAGAAUACCAUGUGAAGCUUGAUGGUAGAUGGAGCCCAGUUAGCAAAGUUGUCUUCACCGACCUCAUGAAUAAUCUUUAA